CAAAAAUAAAAAACAACGAUUAUAAUAAUUAUAAAAACGACAAUAAAAGCUUUAACAACACCAACACAACAUCCGUUUUCCUAGGAAACCGGUGUGCACAGCACAGGAAUAUAUUAAAUACCAUUUUACGAGCUAUACCGUACACUUCAAAACAGCCCCUAUGGAAGACAUGAAUUUUAAUGCAAACGAGUAAUCGCUCAUGAAUAUUAAGUUAUUGGACAUCGCCAAAGAAUCAGCAACUUCCUGGAAUACUAGACACGUUUUCUAUCAGGUUCUCUAUACAUACGGUACAGCGAGGUGUGCAUGCGCAACACUUCAUUCGGUACGGAAGACGGGUAAGAGAGGAGGAAAUGGUUGCUACAGAUUAAGACCACUCUUUAAAACACUGACGUUUUUGUGAGCGCCAAUCCUUUUUCUUCGCUGAAGUAAAAGCAGCUCCCGUUCACACAAAGACCAUUAUCCAUUGUAUGGCAAGCUAGGGUUAUUGACCUCUACACCGACAAGGACUCUUUGAUGUGGACGUCAGAGAUGUCUUAUAGAGAUGCUCUUGUGUUGUUGCUCCUGAACAAGGUAUGGCCGCACUGACACAGAGUGAGGAGAAAACCUGGGGAUUAUUUUCCAGAUAUCGGAGACAGACAUCAGGUCAGGAUUUGGGCCCUACAGAGGAGGGGACGAGCAUCUCUCGUACAUGUGCAUACAACACUGAUGAAGGUAGUGCUGACUUGGUGUGGGAAGUGCAGCUGGCGGCAGUUAAAAGAACAGCAGCAAGAUGUGUAACAAGUCAAGGAUCUUACACGAUAUGUACUGUGUCCUCGGGGUUUUCCUCCUAUUUCUCCGUGACGACAGACUAUACACAGACUACACUCACGUGGAACGCUGACAGAAGGUUUUUGUCUGUGUCUUGCUCACAGGCUGCAGUUCGGACAGGAUUCCUGAUAGCCAGCUGGACCCUAGUUACUUAUUGGAUCCCGUUUCCAGACGUCCGUGCACCCUACUUAUGGCACAGAUACAGCUGGGAGUGUUUCUGGACCUUCGUGCACGUUCACAUUCCAGGCCUCACACCUGGGACCAGGAACUCACACACUGUCAGUCAACAUGUACCCACAGUUUGAUGGGAGUGGAGAGAAUUACGGAGUGAUCAGGACGGUAUCUCCUGACGUCACCU